GGUAUCGUUCACCACAUGCCUGUGAUCGAUCUCUCUCAAGCUAGGUUUGGUAUCGGUAUCGGUGAAGUCCGUCAUUGAAUUGAAGUGGUAGAGUGGUAAGUGGGCGUACGGUCUAUGGAUUUCCUAUCAGUGGCAUUAGUUCCUUUUCAUUCUCUAGAUAGAUGGGCAGAACAAGCUUCUCUUUAUAUUCUAUUCUAGAAAGGAUCAAUUAGAUUCUCAUCUCCUAUUUGUUUGAGCCAUUCAUUAUAGUGGUGGUGCCGGGAAGGCUGCUUAGCACUCUAGUCCUUUUGAGUAAGGAAUUGUAGCAUGGGCAGGCAAUCUCUUCGAUUGAUUCCCCUCCAGGAAUUACUUGAAUUAAUUAGCCGGCCCACGGAGUGAAAUAUCGAACUUAACCUAUAAAUAACUAGUAUCUCAAAAACCAAAUAAAAGGCUUUCUUUUAAGCUUGUUAAUGGAAUUCCACAGGAGUCAAGCGCUAGCAAAGAAGAAUUGGAAAUCAGUCGCUUCCCUUCUGGACUCAAGUCAGCAGAAGAGUGAACUUCAUAUUAAUAGGUAAAUCCUACAUCAAGCGUAAAGGAAGUACACUUUUUUUGAUUCGGCGCUUAAUAACUCGUACUUGACGUUGGUUUCGGUUCGAUCAACUAUCCUUUUUGAAGCGGAUAGUUCACAGUGCUCAUUCUCAAAAAAAGCGGAAAAGCCAUGAUGUUUCCACUCCAUUUUCAUUACGAAGAUGUAUUACGUCAGGAUCUGUUGCUCAAACUGAAUCACGCCAAUGUUAUGGAAGUUCCUGGAUUGUUUGAAAUAAGAUUAGUACCAAAAGCUGCCUCUGAUUUCAGAAUCCAAUUUGGAAAAUUGGCUAUGGAGAUUUUGUGCGGUCAGAGAUUCAUACAGACACAAAGGGGCCCCUAUUUUCAAGCAGGAAAGUCGUUUCGAUCCAAUCCAUUCUUGGGGUCCGAAAAAGACACUGGAUAUGUCAGUGACUUUGCACGACAAAGCGUUCUCCGAGGGCAUGGAAUGUACCAUUUUUUGGUCAGAAUCUUUACAGUAAUGUCUAUGUUGGAUUCUCCGGUCGAAAUACGGGAAAACUCCAUCAAAUUCUUUAUGGAAACGGAGUUUUGCGAAUUCUCCCCGGAACUGGAAGAUCAUUUCGAGAUCUUCGAGCAUAUUCGAGGGUUCAAUGUGACUAUUGUCACUUCGGCCAAUACAAAAGAUGAGACUUUACUACUGUGGAGCGGCUUUUUGCUAAAAGAUGAGGGGGAAACUAAGUAAGAUGCCGGAGAAGCGACGAAAUAUACGAGAUCACAAACGUAGAUUGCUCGCGGCUAAAUAUGAAUUGAGACGAAAGCUUUCUAAUUUUGUAACCCGAUCUUCCGUCUGAUAUGCGGGACAAACAUCGUUAUAAGUUGUCCAAGUUGCCAAGAAAGAGUUCAAUGGCACGAGUAAGAAACCGAGGUAUUUUCACGGGUCGCCCUCGUUCCGCAGUUGAGUUCUUUCGCAUUUAUCGUAUCGUUUUUCGUGGAUUAGCAUCUCGAGGUUCUUUGAUGGGCAUAAAGAAAUCGUCUUGGUAGCAACCACCAAACCAAUAGAACAAAGGUUAGCUCUGCAGCUAGUCCACAAGCAAGGGUUGUAGGUCCAUUACCGUCCGGCUCCCGACCGAAACUAACGGAGUCAUCCCAACUCUCGGAUCGGAGAUGCUAACGGGACAGGAAUCGAAGUGGGGGACCUCUCUACCGCACCUGUCUCCCCAGACAUAGACUACGUAAAGGGUAGUACUCUUGGAAAGAGAGAAGAUCACCGCGUGAACAAAAUCCAAAGUAACGAAUGUCACUCCCGAGGGAUCGACCACUAUCAUACAUGAAAUUUUGCAUAGAAUGAUUGUUCAUGUUCACGCCGGAGUGCUGAGGUUGUUCCCACCAUUGAAGUCAGAGUCUGGGUGUGUUUUUCUUACUAAUACGGAGAGGGUUCCGAAUGAUAAAGACCAAUCAAAAACUUCUUCGUUUCGUUGGUAGAACCCACGCCAACUCUUUUCUCUAAAUAAUAGAGAGAUCUUUUGAUAGUCUCACUUCUAUCAAUGCAAUGAAAGAACUAUCCCUUCCUAUUUGUUUGUCCUAAUGAGACAAAAAAGAGCCUCCUUCUUUACCACUUUAGGGGAUGGGGGUGAAGGGGGGUUUACAUACAACCGGGGCAAAGUGGUUUAUGAUUGAAUCUCAGAGGCAUUCUUAUCAUUUGGUAGAUCCAAGUCCAUGGCCUAUUUCGGGUUCACUCGGAGCUUUGGCAACCACCGUAGGAGGUGUGAUGUACAUGCACUCAUUUCAAGGGGGUGCAACACUUCUCAGUUUGGGCCUAAUAUUUAUCCUUUAUACCAUGUUCGUAUGGUGGCGGGAUGUUCUACGUGAAUCCACGUUGGAAGGGCAUCAUACAAAAGCUGUACAAUUAGGACCUCGAUAUGGUUCUAUUCUCUUCAUAGUCUCGGAGGUUAUGUUCCUUUUUGCUUUUUUUUGGGCUUCUUCUCAUUCUUCUUUGGCACCUACGGUAGAGAUCGGAGGUAUUUGGCCCCCAAAAGGGAUUGGGGUUUUAGAUCCUUGGGAAAUCCCUCUUCUUAAUACCCCUAUUCUCCCUUCAUCCGGAGCUGCCGUAACUUGGGCUCAUCAUGCUAUACUCGCGGGGAAGGAAAAACGAGCAGUUUACGCUUUAGUAGCAACCGUUUCACUGGCUCUAGUAUCCACUGGCUUUCAAGGAAUGGAAUAUUACCAAGCACCCUCCACUAUUUCGGAUAGUAUUUAUGGUUCUACCUUUUUCUUAGCAACUGGCUUUCAUGGUUUUCAUGUGAUUAUAGGUACUCUUUUCUUGAUCGUAUGUGGUAUUCGCCAAUAUCUUGGUCAGAUGACCAAGAAGCAUCACGUUGGCUUUGAAGCAGCUGCAUGGUACUGGCAUUUUGUAGACGUGGUUCGGUUAUUCCCAUUUGUCUCUAUCUAUUGGUGGGGAGGUAUAUGAAAGAAGGGAA